UGUGAGAGCAUGGUAUUGGACUAUUGGUACUACCCUCCCAACCCGCCUACCCGGGGAGAUUUCGGUCAAAGUGCUUUUCGUCACGAGAUAGAGCAGUCGCGAAAUUAUUUUAGUCCUGCUUCAUACAAGUCAAGUUGGCAAUUCUGGGUGUCCAACAUGAGUAAAAUUACUAAAGAAUUCUUGUUAAAGAGAAUGAAAAAGAAAAUGAAGCCUAGCCCAAGUCAUUGGACCGGAACCGAUCAUUUGAAUGCCGCAUUAGAGGAGGCCGGCUGUAAGACCCCCGACGAAAUGAUGAUAGCCUUCCACCGUGCCAUGACAGGAUCAUCUGAACCAAUCUCAAGACUCCCAGAAAGUCUAACGCGCUCUCUCUACCCAGUUGAUGGAGAACAAAAAGUGGAUGAUGACGAUGAUGAUGACGAUGAUGAUGACUUUGGCUUCCGCAAGUUCUUGAAUCCAAAGGUUGUUCGUGGGAACUGGAAAAUGCCUCGCCUCCACCCCAUUUUCUCGACCGCCAACUUGUUUCUAGUUGUACUGAUAACUAGAUCCCCUAAUGGCAGAAACAUUCCAAGCGAUUAUUUUGAUAAAUUGCGGAAUUCUUUUUUGGAAAAUGGCCCGGCCAUCAGAAAAUUUCUCUACGACUUGAGCGGUCUGCAAUACGAAAUCCAUCUUAUUCAGGAAUGCGCCGCUGAUGAACCGAUCUCGAUUCUUGAAAGUGACACGGCCUCAGACGACAGUUCAGCCGAUGACUUUGUCGAUUUCCCAGCGAGCCAUGUCGAACAUCUUUUCAUGUAUCAUUUCGUCGGCAACGCGAAAGUAGGGUACAUGGUUAAUUGCCCUCUGGAUCUAAAUGGCAGCAUGUCGAAUUAUGCUGCUAAUCUGAGAAAUUUGGAGAUGGGCGGAAUUAAACCUGCUGACGUGAUUUACAUGUCUCAUGGACUUGAAAUGGAUGCUGCUUCGAAUGAUUCCUUUUACGAUGUCGUUCCCAACUUUACCAUCUUUUCUGGAGACAAAAUGAUGGAGAAACUCAAAGAACUUAAUUCGCCAGAAUCUUCUGGCAUUCCGGAUAGUCACAAUUCCGCAGUGGAUGGAUUCCUGUCUGCUGCUGGAUACCGUGCCAAAAACAGCCCAGAUUCGAAUUGAGCUUCGCAACGUGGAAGUACCAGGCAAAGCCCUCCAAAAAUGAUUUUCAGAAUUCAUGUUCUUAAUGUCGGAGAACCAAUCCAGAGAUCCCGUUUUUCUUCAGUUUUAUCUUCUCCAAGUUUACUUAACUGAUCUCAUUCAGGAUUUUUUUCAUAACUAUUUCUCAUGUAACGCAUCACUUUUUCUUGGUAUUCUCGUAAGAAAAAUACACAACGAAAGGUGCUUCAGUUGCUUGCUGGCCUUGCUGUUGGUCGAGCGACUGGAAGAAUCUCAUUCAAACUUUAAAA